GCAAGAGUUAAUGUGGAGGGACAAGUCAACCAGAGUUUUCCUGUCAGGAGAUUUUGAGUUUCUCUGCCGUGCACAUGGAAUCUCUGGUGCCAGUGGCCGUCAUCCCUGCUUGUGGUGCCAAGUGAGACGAGAUGAACUGGCAAUCCCACCAGAGGAACGGCAGUCUACACCUCAGCUGAGGUCACUGCAAACUCUACAACACAACUACCUGGGCUUCACAACACUGAGUGGCGGGGACCUUCGAAAGGCCAAACAACACUGUAACGUGAUCGGAAAAUCCUUCUUUUUAAUCCCA